UCCUCUCUCUCUCUCUCUCUCUCCCUUCGUACUUCAUCGACCGCCGAAAUGGCUACUGUAGCUCCUCCAGCUCUCCUCAAACCCCUUAUCCCCUCCGAGUCAACUCGGCCAAACACAGAAUCCACUCGCAGAACGUUAAUCAUCUGCAAAAACCACAACAACACUGCCGCAUUCGAAGAGAAAAAGUCAGUGCUGGUUGACUACGACAAGGGUCAGCACGAGGUCUCCACUCGUGUGAGUGGACUCAGGAAAGCUGAGAUUCCAAGACGGUACCGGUUACGCGUUCAGGGACACCGUUUCCAGAUGGACUGGACGAUCUCUGAGGUAGUAGAAAGACUAAUGGAGCUCAACCAUUGGGAGGAUGUAGAAGCCGUCUUGAAUCGCUGGAUUGGGCGUUUCGCUAGAAAGAAUUUUCCUAUUCUAAUUAGGGGGCUCUAUUGA